GGUCUUCUUGUGGUGCGGUUUCCUCCGGAAAUAAGUCUCGUUUUGUUGGUUAACUCUUUGCAAUGAUAAGUCGCAUUGUGUUGUGGUUGUUGUUUCUAAUAAGUGGAGUAUCGAUGUCGGCUCUAAAUUCAAGUUCACUACCGGUCGAUGAGUUCUUGAAAUUUAAUCAAAAGGAGUGUUUCGUUUCACGUCGUAUUGGUUCCUGCCUCAAGUAUAAAGCCGGAAGAAUCGUCUGGAAACUUGCCACUAACAGUUUGGGAUAUUUUCCCAGUGAGAACAGUCGGGAUUUGGCCGAUUCUAGGAGGAUACGGUUUGUCCAGCUUUCGGCUCCCAGUGAUACUGUGUUGCUCGGUAUGAAUUCCAGGAAUCUUCAAGAUGAUAGUGAAAUGACAAAAAUUAUGAAAUUCCUUCAACGUACAGCAGAGCUCUUCGCUAGAAACCACGGAUUUCAGGUGGAAAUUUCUAGUGAAGGUGGCACUAGUAUAAGUAGCGAGAAUGAUAUUCCAGAAAUGGGUAAGCUUUUGAGUGAUAAAAAGAAAAGAAAAUGGCUUCUUAUUUUGCCAUUAAUUAUUUUAAUGAAAAUUGCUCACCUCAAAAUGACCGUAGUACCGUUGCUUUUAGCAACAUUAGGUCUUAAUGUUGUUCUAAUUGGUGGCGGUGGCUGGCUAAUACACUAUCUGAAGUAUAAGACUUUGUGUAAAAUUCAUCCACAUUUCAUUCAGACUCAUUCACAUGUUUAUGACUCAGAUCCAAAUGAGUAUUCUUCAUUUUUGGGAAGCAGUGAUGGUUAUUCAAGUCCGAAUACUGGAAGUGGGUAUUAUUCACCACAAGAAUCAGGACCAUGGAACACGAGGAAAAAUUUUCAUGCAUAUGGAGGAUACAAGGUUUAAUCUAGGAAGAGGGGAA